AUGGCCCUCAUAGAGCUUCUCAUCUCGCCCUGGGCGCCGGCUUUGCUGGCCAUAGGUCUGGUGGCCUACUACGUUUAUCCCUACUUCGUUACGUUCGGUCACCUGCGUGACAUUCCGGCACCGUUCCCCGCGCAAUUUACCAACUUUUGGUUGCUUUACGUCGUUCGACGAGGAGACAGAUACUCGACGGUCGACAAACUUCACAAGGAGCUGGGCCCCGUUGUGCGGAUCCAGCCAAACCAUGUCAGUAUCGCGGACGACGAUGCCAUUCAGAUCAUCUACGGCCAUGGAAACGGCUUCCUCAAGUCAAACUUCUAUGAUGCCUUCGUCUCCAUCCAGCGAGGGCUUUUCAACACCCGAGACCGCCACGAACACUCUCGCAAGCGCAAGAUUGUCUCGCACACCUUCUCCGUCAAGUCCAUCGGCCAGUUUGAGCCCUACAUGCACGGGAACCUUGCCCUCUUCGUCAAGAGAUGGGAUGAGCUUAUCAAGAACAGCCCCGGCGGAAAGGGCGCUGUCAUCGACUGUCUCAAGUGGUUCAACUACCUCGCUUUCGACGUCAUCGGCGACCUCGCCUUCGGCGCGCCAUUCGGCAUGCUCGAGUCUGGAGCGGAUAUUGCUGAAGUUCGAGACUCGCCCAACAGCCCGCCGAUUUACGCUCCCGCCAUCGAGAUCCUCAACCGACGCGGCGAGGUGUCCGCGACCUUGGGCAUCUACCCGGAGCUGAAGCCUUGGGCCAAGUACCUCCCGGAUCCCUUCUUCAGCCAGGGUCUCGAGGCAGUCCAGAACCUUGCCGGUAUGGCCAUCGCGCGCGUGAAGGCCCGUUUGGAAAACCCUCCCGAUGUCGACCGUCUCGACCUUCUCGCGCGUCUGAUGGAGGGACGAGAUGACAAGGGACAGCCUCUUGGACGUGAGGAACUCACCGCCGAGGCCCUGACGCAGCUCAUCGCCGGCAGCGACACGACCUCCAACUCGUCCUGUGCCCUGCUAUUCCACGCGGCCAGAACCCCCGGCGUUCUCGAGAAGCUCCAGGCCGAGCUCGACGCCGCCAUCCCUCAGGACUGCGAUGUGCCCACCUACGAAAUGGUCCGCGACCUGCCCUACCUGGGCAUGGUGAUCAACGAAGCCCUCCGGUUCCACUCGACGUCCGGUAUCGGUCUGCCGCGCGAGAUCCCACCCGAGUCCCAGGGCGUGUCGAUCCACGGCCACUACUUCCCUCCCGGCUCGGUCCUCAGCGUGCCGUCGUACACCAUGCACCAUUCCAAGGAAAUCUGGGGCCCUGACGCGGACGACUUCCGCCCGGAGAGGUGGGAGUCGCUUACGGCCAGGCAGAAGAAUGCAUUCAUCCCGUUCAGUUAUGGGCCUAGGGCUUGCGUGGGCAGGAACGUGGCGGAGAUGGAGAUGAAGCUCAUCGUGUCUACUUGGGUGAAGCGGUACCGCGUGGAGUUGCAGCAGGAUUACAUGGACACCAAGGAGGGGUUCCUGAGGAAACCUCUGGGACUCGAUAUCAAAAUCCAGAGGAGGUAG